AUGCCUUUAAAGGAAGGACCAGAGAAAGCACUCGGUGAUUCCUAUUAUAUUGCUAAAAAAUGCUUGGAAAGCCUAGAAAGAAAAUUGAUUAAACAACCAAGUUUAAAGGAAAAGUAUAAAGAAUUUAUCAAUGAAUAUGCUGAUUUAGGGCAUCUAACUAAAAUCAAUCGACCAGAGUUUGGAUACUUUAUGCCACAUCAUGCUGUAAUCCGCGAGAAAUCUGAAACCACUAAAUUAAGGGUGGUGUUCAACGCUUCGUCUAAAACUCAUACAGGGAAAUCACUCAAUGAUAUUCUUAUGGUCGGCCCAGUUGUGCAAAGUGACCUAAUAUCUAUAUUGCUUCGUUUUCGUGAGCAUAAAUAUGUUCUAACAGGCGACAUCGAGAAAAUGUUCAGGCAAACCGAAAUCACACCGUCGCAGCGUCAUCUUCAGCUCAUUUUGUGGCGUGAAGAUUGUAAUCAGCCUAUUGAUAUUUUGCGUCUAAAUACAGUAACCUAUGGUACUGCGUCUGCGCCCUUUCUCAGUUCUCGGUGUCUCCUACAAUUAGCUAAUGAAUGUGACGAUGAAUCUAUUGCUCGUAUAAUCAAAAGCGAUUUCUACGCUGAUGAUCUUAAUACAGGCGCAGAUACCGUAGAGCGCCUGCAACACAUUUACAAAAAUGUUGUCGAAGUUCUUGACUCAGCGUGUUUACCUAUAAGAAAAUUUCGUACUAACUGUCCUCAAUUAUUUCAUAAUGAAACUGAUUCGGGAAAACCCAUGGAUUUUUAUAAAGAUUCCAGUGUCUUGGGUCUGAAUUGGUCACCUACAGCGGAUCAAUUACAAUUUUCAACAGAUCUGACUCCAUCCCCUCAGAUCACCAAAAGAACUGUCAUAUCCACGACAUGUAAGGUUUUUGAUCCAUUAGGGUUGCUAUGUCCUUGUGUUAUUAUAGCAAAAAUUAUUUUACAGGAAUUGUGGUCUUCCAAGUUAGAUUGGGAUGAUCCCGUUCCUUAGAACUUUUGCAAAAAUUGGUCAAGUCUUUUAAAAGAAUUUUUACACCUGUCAAACAUUAAGAUCCCGCGACGGGUUCUGUCUGAAAACCCGAGAUCUCUAGAGCUGCAUUGUUUUGUAGAUGCCUCCCAACAAGCCUACGCGGCUUGUGUGUACGUACGUUCUCAAAAUCAGGACAGAAGUAUCACGGUUAGGCUGCUAUGUGCAAAGGCAAGAGUUGCUCCUCUACACUCUACCACCAUUCCUCGGCUGGAAUUAUGUGGUGCUCUGUUAGGGUCUCGCUUAUGCUUUAAGGUUUUACAGUCAUGGCGGGGUAACUUUAGCCAAAAAUAUCUAUGGACGGAUUCAACAAUUGUUUUAGCUUGGUUGAAGACCCAAACUAAGGAUCUCAAGGUAUUUGUGUGUAAUCGGGUAAAUGAAAUUAAUAAACUUACCAGCGGAUUUAUAUUUCGGCAUGUACCCACAGAUAAAAACCCGGCAGACCUGGCGUCUCGCAGCGUAAGUCCCAGUCAGCUCGAAGCUUCUGCCCUCUGGUGGGAAGGGCCGUCGUUCCUACGGAAUGAUGAAUCCUACUGGCCGAAAACCGCUCAUACUCACAUUCCUAUACACUUACCCGAGAUCCUACUCCAUUAACCCCUGGGCAUUUCUUAAUUGGAAGACCUAUGAGCGCGGUGCCUACGCUUCCUAUCACGGCAAAGCACCCCAACCGGUUCCAGCUCAUUGAGCAAUUAAGGCAACACUUUUGGCAGAGGUGGCGCCGGGAGUUUAUAGCAGAGCUUCAACAGCGAACUAAGUGGAGAACUAAGACAAAGGAGCUUCAGAUUGGAGACUUAGUAUUACUUAAAGAAGAUAAUAUUCCUCCACUUCAAUGGCGUCUAGCACGCAUCGCUAAAUUAUACCCUGGAUCGGAUGGAGUAAGCAGAGUCGCAGAUGUCCUUACUACAAAGGGCACAAUAAAAAGAGCUAUCCACAAGAUGUGUGUAAUUCCUGCCAAAGAUGAUGUCAAAACAAACUAGGUACUCGGACGCUGUACUGGGCCACAUUCAAUCCUAUUGAAAGCAGUACUUUCAAGGCCCGGAGGAUGUUAACGCCUGUAACAGCUGAGAGGAGGAGACGGCGGGGGAGAGGGGAAGCGACCAGUUUUUAGAACCUGCGCCGACAUACGCGAGAGAGACCGCCAUCGCCCGGCCGUAAUGAGAGACGUCCUUGUUUAGCAUUAUAUUUAAUCUAUACCUAAUAAUCUUGUUAAUAUAAAUCUAGAACUUUAA